UUGAGUGGCCGCCGGACACGCCGGCGAAGGCGGCGUGGUGCCCUAUCGCAGUAGGAGCGGCGGCAGCGAGUAUGUAGGCGGGCUCCGAUGCUGCCCUAGAGGUUGGCGAUCACGAGCAGGGCACGUCGCUUCCAGUCGAGCGGUAGCCGUGGAGAGGUUGGCGCGUCACUGACGGGUGGCUGUCUUCCGGGUUGAGGUCGUCGAUGACAACGAUCUGGUGGCAGGACGCCCCUUGCCACCCGCGGAAAGGUGGCGAGUUGGUUUGAGGCUGAGAGCUGGAGGAGUAAGGCCACCGGCGCCUGCGCCUUAGGCGGAUCGUUCGCCACAUCAACAGGACCAUAGGAGGUCCAGGUGUGCACCAGCGAAGACAACGAGGCUAUGCAAAGAUAGAAGGUCACGGUGCCUACUCCUCUUCACUCGGAUCCCCUCCUUUUGUUUCGGAAAUGCGUCCCCCUUCUGCAUCCAUCUCCUAUCCCUUUUUAGCCUUGUAACUAUCGUAGCAAACAUCUUCUUUGCGCUCUCCUCUUUCUACGUUUUCUCGUUUCAGGUUCAUGGUUUUCUCAGAGAAAGAGAGGAAUUGAUAGGUAGGAAGGCAGGGAGUGGGGAGAGAGAUGCUGCAGAGGGCUGCGAGUAACGCGUACUCAUGGUGGUGGGCGAGUCACAUCAGGACGAAGCAGUCGAAAUGGCUCGAUUGCAACCUUCAAGAGAUGGAGGAGACUGUGAAAGAAAUGCUCAAGCUCAUUGAGCCAGAUGCUGAUUCCUUUGCUAAGAGGGCGGAGUUGUACUUCAAAAGGAGACCAGAGUUGAUCAGCUACGUGGAAGAUGCUUUCAAGGCAUACAGAGCAUUGGCUGACAGAUAUGACCACAUUUCAGGAGAAUUACACAAGGCCAACCACACCAUAGCAACUGCUUUUCCUGAACGGGUCCAGUAUGCCAUGUUAGAAGACGAUGAUAAUUUUCCAAAAGCAAUAACUCCAGUUGAUCCGAGUAAAAUUAACAGGCGAACAGUGGAGGGAUUAAUGAACAAAAGAAGAGAAAGUGAGUUAGGCAUAGAUAAGUCACAGAAAAAGAGUUCUGCAUCUCCGGUUGAUAAAGAAAAGGCACAAGUAGAUAUCAAUAAGCUCCAGAAAGAAAUACUUGUCCUGCAGACUGAAAAAGAAUUCAUCAAAAGCUCAUAUGAGUCUGGGAUAGCCAAGUAUUGGGAGAUUGAGAAGAAAAUUAUGGAGAUGCAUGAAGAAGUUUGCUGCUUGCAAGAUGAGUUCGAUACAAGCACAGUCAUCGAAGAUGAUGAGGCACGUGCCUUAAUGACAGCAACAGUCCUUAAAUCUUGUGAGGAUACUAUAGUUAAGCUGCAGGAACAGCGAAAGGAAUCAUUGGAACAGGCAAAUAUAGAGUCUGAAAGAACUAAAAUUGCUAAAGAAAAGCUGAAGGAUCUCAAAGGUGAAUAUUGCCAAUCUGAGAUGGAAAAUACUGAGAUAUCUAAUGAAAACUCUGGGAUGAGCUUCACUGCUGAAACCAUGGAGGAAGAAAUUCACUCUCUAAACAAGGUCAGGACCGAGUUACAGUCCAUUCGUGAGAAACUCAAAGAACAUUUUGAAAUGAACACUGAGAAUUCUGUGAUUGAAAUUGCAGAAAAGAUCGAAGAACUUGCAAAUAAAGUUAUAACAUUGGAACUCACAGUUUCAUCACAAGGUGAACAAAUAGAUCAAUUAACUUUGGAAAACAAUGAACUUGAGAAAAAUCUACAAUUACUGGAAGAGGAGAAGAUUAGUUCGAUGAAUGACUCAGAAGCAUUGUCUAAAAGACUGAAGGAAACCGAAGAGGAAUUAAGCAAAGUUCAGGCAAUUGAGAGAAUUGUCCAAGAUGAAGAAAUAAAUUUCCGUCAAAAUUUUGCUGAAGCAUGGCAUGGACUCAAUGAUAUUUCAGAGAAGUUGCAGUCUCACAAAACUCAAGAAAAUGUUUGUACUGAAGAUGCAUCUCAAGAGGAAGAGGCUUCCUCAUUUAACAUUGAACCACAUAGUGAGCGUAAAGAUAGAGAAGUAAACAAAAUCCAUGACAUUGAGGAAGAUGUAACAAAGGAGAUUCAUGCAACUGAGGAACUUAGUUAUUGCCCGGAAGAUCCUUCCCAGACUGAGGGUUCUCAACACAAAAGUAGCCCAGAAAAUAUUGAGGACCCAAAGAAGGAAAAUGCUUUGGGGAAGAAAGACUCAUCAAAUGCAGAUCUUCGCAUUCAUCUAACUAGCAAUGAAGAAAUUAUACUUGAUGGAAAAGAGGAUACUCUCAACUUGCAGCAACUAAUUUUAACUGGUGUUGAAGGUACAGAAAACAUUUUACUAGCUGAGUACACAUCAAUCUUGCAAAAUUACAAAGAGACGAAAAUAAGGCUCUCCGAAGUAGAGAAGAAAAAUGAAGAGUAUCUUCAAGAGACAAUGGCUCUGAUAGACAAACUGAAGAAUGAUAUUGCAAUGAAAGAUGAGGAGAUACGUUUGCUUAGACAACCGAUGGCGCCUGUAAAGAAUCCUAGUUUUACUCUCCAUUCUCCAUCUGUCAAAGACUCUUGGCAUGGUCAACAGAAGCCUGAAAUUACAUCCAACUCUUCAAGGAUCACAGAUAUUUCAAACCUUCAAGAUUCUGAGAUGCCUGAAGAUAUAAAUAUUGAAUCUACUGCUAAAGGAGAUUCAUCUGUUGAGUUUACAGAAUUACGAAGUCCCCCUGAAGAAGGCACUAAUGUACAGUGCAUUGAUGAACCAAAGAUCAUAACCCCUAUCGAGAGAAAGUUUAGAAGGGAUAUUGACACUCUGCUGGAUGAAAGAUUAGAGUUUUGGCUAAAGUUCAGCACAUCAUUCCAUCACAUACAGGAGUUGAAAGCCAAGUAUGAAGACCUACAAACUGAUAUCGGUAAGCUGAAGGACAAUAAGACACCAGAGGUCACUAAUAUUGACACUGGCGAUCAGUCUGGGAAACCAGAUUCAUCACAAAUUACCACAAGUCUUAGAGAACUGAAGAGUGAACUCCAAGUAUGGUCGGAACAAGGUGCACUAUUAAGAGGAGAGCUGCAAAGUAGGCUCUCAUCUCUUUGUGAUAUGCAAGAUGAGAUAUCAAGCAUUGUCAAAGUAAAUUCAGAAUCUGGAGAAGCCCUGUUCACUCCUUAUCAAGCUGCAAGUUUUCAAGGGGAGGUGACAAACAUGAAACAGGAGAACAAUAAGGUUGCAAGUGAACUACAGGUGGGAUUAGAUCAAGUUAGGGGGCUUCAAGCUGAAAUUGAGGAGCAAUUGUCUAAGCUAUAUGAAAAUUUUGAACCAUUUGUAUCAAAAAGGUGCCCUAAUGAUGACUUGGAACAUUCUUUGAGUAGGAACACCGUACCAUUGCGGGACUUCCUCUUCGGUGUCAAGCCUAAAAAACCAUCAAUACUAGCACGCAUCCAGCACAGUAAGCUUAGGGCUGGGCGUCGCAGAGUUGGUGAUAGGUCUAAAUAGUUUUCUCACUCUGUUGAUUAGCUAAUUUCUGGAUUAAAGACAACAAGUUCGACACAGUCUCCACUAUGCGAAAGACCUUUUAGAAACACAAUUUGUCAGGAUACGAGCGGUUCGUCGCAGAUGUAUCUUUAUAGCAAGAGCAGCAGCAACUUUUCUUGGCUUUCUUCCAUUUGCGGGCCUUGGAACUGACUGAAUUUUCCUCCUUGGUGAAAGGUGUGUUGAGUUGUGUCUCAGCCCCUCUUAAUCUGGAUGAUAAUGUGUUGAGUUGUGUUUCAAAUGCUGCUUAGAUGAGUUGUGUUGAGUUGUGUCUGAUUGGCAUUCUUGUUAAAAGCCUAGAUGUUCCACUGAUACAUGUAAAUGUAAUUAGCAGUUCUUUCUUCUUUUUUUUCA